AAAGUACAAGAAGAACAUAGAAUAAUAGAAUAUGUUUAACUUGAACUUCCUCCGGGAAUAAUAAUACUCCUCCUACGUUGGUGUGAUCGAACUCGCGGGCGUCGGAAAAUGAACCCGGAGCCGCCGCCGUUCCAAGAAGCCAACCGUUGCGACGUCUGCAAAUGCAGCUUCAAUGCUUUUCGUCGCCGGCAUCAUUGCCGAUGUUGUGGGAGGACCCUAUGUAAUGAGCAUUCAUCUGAUCAAAUGCCUUUGCCACAAUUUGGAAUUCACAAUGAUGUCAGAGUUUGUUCCGAUUGUUUCAACUGCUUGUCCAAAUCCACGGUUAACAGUUUAGGGCCUUCAGCACAAAGAAUCAAUUCCGUCACAGAAGCUGUUUCAACUUUAGACUUGAACGAGGAUUCAGAAGAUAAGACUUGGUCAUCUUCCCUGCAGCCACCUGUUUCAACAGUUCCAGAAUGCAAAUGUGGUAUGCCUUUGUGCAUUUGUGUGGUGUCACUUCCACCUGCUCAAGCAACUCCUGUUCAGCAGAAUGUAGUUACUUCAUCAGCAACUUUAUCUUCGAAAACAAAGAAGACAGAUAACAUUUCGAGGCAAAAACGUUCUACUCAAGAUAGCAGACAAGGUUCGAGUGUUGGUGUUGGUUCAUCAGCAAGUGGUUUAGAGAAACCUCUGACAAAUUACGAAGAGAAUGGGGAGGGCUUAAGAGAAGCAAUUAAAAGUGGCGAUUUUGCUGGAGUCAAGGAUCUUCUUGAGAAGGGUGUGGAUUCAAAUUACCGUGAUAAGCAAGGAUUGUCAUUGCUGCAUCUGGCUGCAGUUUUCAAUCAAACAGAAAUAGUAUUUUCCCUCAUGGAUCAUGGUGCUAGACUGGACUGCAAAAACUCCCAGGGGGAGACGCCAUUGGAUUGUGCCCCCGUCACUUUGCAGUACAAAAUGAAGAAAAAGAUAGAGGAAGGAUUGGCGACUGUCGCGUGACUGUCAAUAUUUAUUUUCUUUCCUCGCAAGAGAUCGGAUAUCAUAUCAAAUGGUUGUUAUGGUUAUGCUCUUGCUGCUGUAAUUGUAAUCUAUUGUGUAUUAUGAACUAGUUCAGAGGUUCACAGUGUUGAUUGAAGUUUUGUACAGUCAACACGAUUAGAAUAAUGCUGUUUAUUCCUUCUUUUCCCACUUUUCGAGGUAGAGAUAUUUUCAAGUCAUUUUCACCAUUAAAACUGGUAAUUCAGGAAGGUUGUUAAUAUGCUGAUUACAGUUGAAUUCCCCUUAACUGCUGCAAUUUCUUCUGUCUUGUAAUUUCCUUUUUCUGCUGAAUGCAUUUUGGCCGUUUGUUAUGUGGAAGCAAUCUCAAGUUUGUAAUCAUACAUUUGUUUCCAGUUCAUAAUAAAAUCGGCUAUGUUUGACUCGUGUGGUCAAA